GGCGGCCGCGCAGGAACUGAGGCCCCGGGCGGCGGGGACACGGGCCGCGCCCGCAUCUGUCAUAGAGGCCGCGGCCGGGCGCGCGCGCGGGCGGGCGGCGACGGGGGCACCUGAGCGCUGCCCGGCGCGACCCCCGAGCGCACGCGCGACAUGAGACCAUGGACAGCAGGACGCGGGAAAACCCAGAAAGAACCUUUGACUUGGUACUGAACGUGAAAUGCCACGCGUCCGAAAAUGAAGAUCCAGUGGUUCUGUGGAAAUUCCCGGAGGACUUUGCAGACCAGGAGGUGCUCCAGACUGUACCGAAGUUCUGUUUCCCCUUUGACGUCGAAAGAGUGUCUCAAAACCAAGUGGGACAGCACUUCACCUUCGUGCUGACGGACGUUGAGAGUAAGCAGAGGUUCGGGUUCUGCAGACUCACUUCCGGGGGCAGGAUUUGCUUGUGCAUCCUGAGUUACCUGCCGUGGUUUGAAGUGUACUACAAACUUCUGAAUACUCUGGCAGAUUACUUGGCUAAGGGACAGGAAGAUGAUUUGAAUGUAACUCUCAGAGCGCUCUAUGACCACCCAGUACCAAAGGCAAACAGCCCUGUCAGUUUGAACGUGAACCAAGAGAUAUUUAUUGCCAGUGAGCGAGUUCUGAGAGAGCAGCCCUCCUUAGUACCGCACUCCUGCUUCGUUGCCCCCGACGUCACCGGGCUCCCCACCAUCCCCGAGAGCAGAAACCUCACGGAGUACUUCGUGGCCGUGGACGUGAACAACAUGCUGCAGCUGUACGCCAGCAUGCUGCACGAGAGGCGCAUCAUCGUCACCUCCAGCAAACUAAGCACUUUAACCGCCUGUCUGCACGGACCGGCCGCCCUGCUGUUCCCCAUGUUCUGGCAGCACAUCUACAUCCCGGUGCUGCCGCCGCACCUGCUGGACUACUGCUGCGCUCCGAUGCCUUACCUGAUCGGAAUCCACUCCAGCCUCAUAGAGAGAGUGAAAAAUAAAUCCCUGGAGGAUGUGGUUAUGUUAAAUGUUGACACAAACACUUUAGAGUCACCAUUUAAUGACUUGAUCAACCUCCCGAGUGACGUGGUCUCAACCCUCAAAAAUAAACUGAAGAAGCAGUCUACAGCGACCGGGGACGGCGUGGCCCGGGCCUUCCUGAGGGCGCAGGCUGCUUUGUUUGGGUCCUACAGGGAUGCACUGAGAUACAAACCCGGCGAGCCCGUCACGUUCUGCGAGGAGAGCUUCGUGAAGCACCGCUCAGGUCCCAUGAAACAGUUCUUGGAGACUGCAGUCAACCUCCAACUUUUCAAGCAGUUCAUCGAUGGUCGACUGGCGAAGCUGAAUUCCGGAAGGGGCUUCUCUGAUGUCUUUGAAGAAGAGAUCACUUCGGGGGGCUUCUGUGGAGGAAGCCCACGGUCCUACCAGCAGUGGGUGCACACAGUCAAGAAAGGCGGUGCCCUGUUCAACUCGGCAAUGACCAGAGCAACGCCCGCCGUCCGGACGGCGUACAAAUUCGCGAAAAGCCAGGCCAAGCAGGGCAUCCGGGAGGUGAAGAGCAAGCUGAAGCACAAGGACUCUAAAGCGAGUGCUCGCGUGUUCCCUCGCCGGCAGGAGAGCGAGGACGGUUUCGGGACCUGCUCCGGCUGGGGCGUGCAGUACACGCCGGUCUACACGCUACACGGCGAGAAGGCGGCGAACCCGGAGAAGCGCAGGCUCACCCAGGCACGCAUGAGGAGGCCCCGUGAGAGCCUCGACGGCUCGGUAUGUGGUGACGAGGACGAGGACACGGAUCGGGCCAGCAAGCUGUCCUCGGAGGACGGCGAGGAGGCGCCCGCGGACUUCUACGCGAGCGAUGACUCCCUGGAGGCGCACGCGCGGACGGCCUGCCCGGGCGAGAUGGACCUGCUGGGGGAAAUCCUGGACACGCUGAGCACCCACAGCUCCGACCAGGGGAAGCUGGCGGCCGCCAAGAGCUUGGACUUCUUCCGGUCCAUGGACAACAUCGACUACAAGGCCACGAAUAAAUCCAACGCCCCGAGCGAGAAUAAUUUGGCCCUGCUCGAUGGGGGACACGGGGACCAAACCGAGUGGCACCUGGGGCAAGAUGACAGCGCCCUGCACGGCAGACACCUCCCCCCGUCCCCCAGGAAGCGCGCCUCCUCCGGCGUCCGGACAGAGUCGCUGUUCAUGCUGACGGAGGAGAGCAGGGACAAGCCGCUCCGAGCGGCCCCCGAGGGCUGGCCCGCGGUGGCGGGACAGGCGGCCCCCGCUGCAGAACGGGACUCCCAGUGGGCGCCUCCCACCGAGUCCCCGACCGGGGAAGAGGAACCAGAAGACACGGAAGUGCCACACCAGACCUCGGAGGACCCGCUGGUGCCCGGCCUCGGGCGACACCCGUCCACUUCCGUCCCUUGGGAGAAAGAAGGGAGAGAAGCCCAAGAGGCCGCGGAAGGCCUCGGGCUGCUCCGCGAGGUCGGCUCUCUGUGUCGCGUGAGCUCCCCCUUCCGCUGUGACUUAACCGUCUCGGAAGAGAACACAAGUGGACACCAAGCUUAAGGCAGCAGUGGAGAGUCGGCCUCUUGCGCCCAAGCUUCUUGGGAGACACUUCAGGGUUCCCUGCAGUCGAGACAGUAAACAGUCAUUUGUCAGGAGGACAACCCUUGCUACUGCCCAAAACUGAGUUGCACUUGGAGCAAACGCAUGGCGCUCGGGGGCGUAUGUAUUGCCCACUGAACUUUUAAGUGUAAAGCCUAUUCUGCUGUGCCCUUAAAUCAGGUACCGGGUGUGUGUGGAGCGCGUCUGUGGACGUGUGGUUGCUCAGUGUUGGUGCUGAACGCCGUUCAUUUCAUUUAAACCGAGUGUGUGACCGUGAACGGCCCGCGCGCACGACCAGUCGCUCUAGGCUGGUCUGGUUGAGCGUGAACUGACCAAGAUUUCAAAACUGAACAGAGCUACCCUUGAAAUGCUGAGACUCUUGACCCACUAACUGCCUUAAUCUUAUGCCUGUGCUAAGCAAACUGAAAUAACUUAGGGAGUUACUUGUAAGUUCUCACAGGUACGUGAACGUGUCCUGCAGACAGGUACCGCCUUUUCUGGUCACUGAGUCAGGGACAGAAUUCAUCCUGCUGUUCCCGUGAGAACACUUUUGUUCGGACAGCGCCGCCCUGCUUUCCGGGAAGCACGCUGGUCCACGGCUUUCCUCGGGGACCUGCUGGUGACUGCGUGACAUUAAUGACGCCGGGUCGCCUGGGGCUCGCACUGUUUUCCCUGCUCUCGCUGGAGUCCACCCCCAGGAAGCCAAAUGCCACGUAAACUGUCCUGAUUUAAAACAGAAACAAAAGCAAAACAACAAAAACCCUUGGAAUCCUUUUCUCUCCACCGGUAAUUAUCAAAAUUGCCUAUAUCAUCUCAAAUUCACUUUUGAAGUGAUCGACUUCAUUUGUGGGGAGUUUCAGACCCACAGGAAGCCUGUGACGAGAGACCAGCAGGCUCCCGUGUGGCCCCGCCCACGCCGUCCCCCGGCCAGGUCCCAGUUCCAUUGCCGCGCGUGCUAAGCGGUGAGGCAGUAUUGAGGGCCCACCCUGCUUUCACAUUUCCUCGAUUUCCCCCUACGGCCUGUUCCAGGGUCCCAUCCAGGAGACCCCACAACUCUCGGGUGUCAUCUCUUCCUUGACAUGCCUUGGCUGCGAUAGUCACUUGGACUUGCCUUGCUGGUCAGCCUUGGCGGUUGUGAAGCGUGCCAGUCAGAGCGAUGGCUGGAGGCCCCUGUGGUCCCUUGUUGGGUAUUUUUCUUGUGAUCACACUGGGACCGUGGGUUCCAGGGAGGAAGAUCCCCGAGGGACAGAGGUACUUUCGUCAUGUCACCCAGAGGGCAUGUCCCGUCCAUGCAGUGUGUGAUUGCUGAUGUUGACCUUGAUCCCUGGCUGAGGUCGUGCUUGGCAGGUUCCUCCGUUACGAAGUCCCUGUGCACCCCGCCCCGGCCCCGCCUCGAGUACUGUAGUCUUGGAAGGAAGGUGCGCAGUUUCCUCUUCUUCAGGACGGUGGGUCCCAUCACUUGUUUGCAGUUUGCCCGGGAGAUUUGUCUCUUUGUCCUCAGGUUCACCGCUAAGCUUGGAAAGUCGCAGGGAUCGCCUAGGAAUCGUGAAUCGGUGGUGUCAGGAGGGGCUGGACGGGCAACGACGGACCCAGUGAGGUUCCGGCUGAUUGUUACCGGUGCCUUCACUCUGGGUGCUCCAUACGUCCCACCACGACUGGUUUUCCAACUGUCACUGUGGAACAGGUGUUUGGGAAGCCGCCCGAGGCCCCACAGGAUGGCUCUUCGACGUGGACUGAAAGAAGCUAACUUUUAGGUAGAAAAACCUCAGAUGGGGCUGUUAGAAACAGUGUCUAAAAAUAUUUAUUCAGGUCCAUCUUUAAACACUUUCAAGAAAAUGACCAAGGGUUUUCUUUUUUAAACUACAUUCCAAACUCUACAAGGAUAUGUUUUUAUUUGGGACAAUCGCUCAUUUUUCUAAAGGAAGACAAGUCGUCUUUUCUCUCUAAGAAGGAAACUCUCUCUGUGCGGAGGACAAAAGUGUGUCUUAUUUUUCACAGCACCAAAGUAAGACGGAGGUUCUGGUCAAAUUUUGCUUUUGUAUGCCUAUCACAAAAUUCCAUCUGGAUUCUUAAUUGAAGGAUGUAAUUGAGAAGUCCGUUUAUCAGAAGAGCUGCUUUCAGGGGGAAGGAGACAAGGUCAGUGUGGGUGCUGCCCGCCUGGCAGAUGCCCCUCCGUGGUUCUAGAAGGAGCAGAAAGUGGCGUUUCCCUGUGAAGCACGGAAUGGGGAGCAUCUUUCCCCCCCAGAAUUCAGGGUCUGAAGACUGAGACAGUCGCAAGUGCAGCAUGGCGAGCUUGGGGGCGGUUUCAGCGCCACAGCCUCAGGGGCCCCGGGUCUGUGCUCCCCUUCCCUCUCCCGGCGGGGCACCGGAAGCCCCGUGUUGUUUCCAGGAGGCUCAGCCGCUCACGAGGGACAUCUCUGCCCAGGUGUUUUAGACUGGAUCUGUGCCUUAUUUCACACACAACGUCAGCUGUUAUAUUCCACUGUAAAAAAAAAACAAGAGCAAACCCAGAAACUCUACAGGUUCUUGGAGAAAGUCCAGAAGACGAGUCGCAAGUAUUAGUAUUUCCAGCCAUUAAAAUGCUGAGCACUGCAAACCUGCUCGGAGAGUAGCUUCCCGGUCGGUGGUCUGGUGGGCGGAGGGAGAGAGCGGUGAGUGAGGCCCGGGUCCGACCUGGGACCCACCAAAGGGCUCUUUCCUCCGAGGCUCCUGCUUCCACCAGACCAAACAUUUGCCAAUUCCCGGGCUGCUGGGAUUUCUUUCCCCGAAGAAAUCACACCUGUUCUGCAGCAGACUUACAUGAAGGAGUGAGACCUUCGGCUCUGGCACGCGGUGGCCUUCUCGUGGCCCUCGGCCCUCCCUGAGGCCCACCCUUGCGUUCAUCCUUCACCCUCAGGUGCCGCGCCCCUGGUAUUUCAGGGGAUGCAAGAGGAGCCUGUGACUGUAGGGGCCGUUGCUGUGUAAGGUGAAGGCGAUGUUAAGUAGCGUGUUCCAAAGUUUACGUCCCCCAGCUCGGCCUAGAAAGGUGCCCAACUAUUGCAUGGUUACUCUUCGAUUAACAAGUAGUGACUCAUUUAUUUAUUGACUCCUCGCACUGGUCACAGGCAAGGUACAGCCAUUGAGGAUGUAGGAAAAUAAAAUACUUGACGUGUUCCCACUGUGAAGGAACCCGUUAAGAGGAAAAGGAAUUGUAAAUAUCAGUAGUAGUAGUAAUAAUAAUAAUAAUGACAAUAAUAAUAAUAAAAGUAAAUCCUGCUUAGACAUUAUUAACCCAAGGUUCUACUACCAAAACAGUCUUCUGAAGCUGCUUUAUCUAAAACGAGCCCUGAGUUCAGAACCACAGUGCCAUUUGUAAGUUCGUCGGCUGUCUGUAUAAUUACAUGAAGUGUCUAAUUAAUGCUGCUAAGAAACCUACUUGUGAAGGCCAGACUCGUGGACAGAAAACGCGUGCCCUGUUUGGUGACUCGCCUGCCCUUCCGCUCUGUCCCCAAACCAGGCUGCAGGGGGCUGGGGGCUGGGCUGGGGCUCAGCCCCUCUUGGAGGGGCUCCUUCCCUCGAGUGGGGGCCAAAGAGGGGGUGUGGCAGUCCACUGCCUCUGGGUGACAGCAUUCUCUGUAGUGGGUCCCCUCCCUUUUGAAGGAAAACUGGGUGGGACGGUGCUGUCAUUUUGUGCUGAUAAUACCCUGAUGAUAGGAUUCAGGAUGCUGAUGAGUGAGCUGUCUCCUAAAUAAGGCAAAGAAGCAGGCUCCUGUCCAAGAGGAGAGCACUGUGAAUACUCUCAACGUUGGGAGAGCUUCCUCCUUUCUUAGAAAAGCUACAUUUUCAGGAAAAAAAAACUAUUUUCGUGAAUAAAUUUUCUGACGCGAGUUCCAUUUUUGUUUAGCAUGAGACUUUGAUUCUGGGAGGAUGUUUGGGAACCAGAAUAGAAGUUUAAGAAUGUCAGACAAGUGAAUACUGAAGUCUGGUUUCUCCAAGACGCUUCGCCGUGGGGGGACUGGGUCUUCCGGGCUCUGUCCGGCUCUAUCCGGCUCUGUCCGGCCCCGUCGUUUCUCGGUGUCUGUUUCUUGAAGUGUCUUUAAGAGGCAUAGUGGUCGGGCCCAAACCAGUUCUUGUUUCCGUUUGGUUAAGAUAGGGAGUUCUGUAUAUUCAGACAGAAGCAUAUUUUAUUUGGAAAAUAAUAGGAUUUUGUGCAAUACUUGUUCCUUGGUGACAUAGUUCAGAUGAAGAUGUACACCUGCUUCUCCGGCAGAUGCCUUAAGGUCAUGCUUUUCAGUAUUUGUGUUAAACUGUAUGUAGCAAUGUUCUAGGUGGUUUUAGAAAAAAAUUGUCUUCGUAUUGUGGAUAGGAGAAAUGUUUUUGUUUAUUUAAAAUGAUUAUGGAUACUGCAUUAUAACUAACUGCCUCAGCAACAAUAAAUAUGCAAUAAGAAAAUCCUGAACCUUAGAUUAGUGUUAAUAUUGUUACUUUAAAGGAGACGUCUGUAUAUAGUGCAACGAGCUGAUUCCAUGUAACAAGUUCCGAGUCUCACCAAGGUCAGGUGCCCAUCACAGACCGGAGUAGCCUUUGGGAUGAAUCUUUGGUAUGAUUGACACAGGGCAUUGCCACACCCUCGACUCUGUAAAUGAAGUUGAUUUUUGUAUAAUGUACAGUUUGUUUAACCUUAUAGCUUCUAUAGGUUCCUACUUCUGUGAUACUUGAAUCAGGCAGGAAAGCACUGUGGAAAAAUCAGUAGCUCUGGAUGCAAUAUGUAAACACACCAAAAAAAAAAAAAGAUUAAGGUACUGAACUGUCCUGUUCACUGGAUGCUGUAUAACCAGAAAGCUAGGUGUUUUGUUUUAAAACCAGUGUUUAGUUAAGUGAAGGAAUUUCAAACCGUACAAUCAUUUGUCAUCUGUAGAAUCACAAAUGAUUACCUCUUUAAUGUAAGAAACCUCUGGGGCUCUCUGUCUCCGAGCCAUUUUGUCUCUCAAUGAGGACACCUGUUCGUGUCCCUCAGCAGGGGACAUCGAGGGGCCUGAACAGAUCACCCGCCGGCCGGUGGGUGGCGUGGUGCCGAGGACAGGACACAGUGGGAGCUCUGCGCACGCUGGCCUACCACGCGCGUGGCGUCAGCCUCCGUGGGGCCAGGGCCCCGCUUCCUCUCGGGUCUCCUGAGAGCCGCUGAACAAGCGGACACCUAGCACGGGGCUUCUCGAGUCUGCUGUGAUUAGUACUUAGAGCCUAAGACAGCAGAGAACUGAAAUGCGUGUGAAGCCUGCCACUUGGCAAUGCAUCAUCAGUCUUUUGCAUAAAAGGCACAUGAGAGGUUCCACGUUGAACUUCCCCGAAGUUUGUUUCUUUGGCUUAAAGGAGUAACUUUGAAAGGACUGAGCCUUUUGCAUGCCAUGGAGGCAGGUGUCUGUAAAAAUCUCGCUGGCGUUGAGACCGGCUUCAUUGUCUUGCAUCCCUGAGGUUACGGUAGAAUCAUUUCUGCAGCUGAGUACUACUGGGAGAACACUGCGGACACGAGGGUUGUUUGGGGACUUCCUUUAAAAUAUGCAAAAGUCAAUGUGGGAUGGACGACAUGUCCCCAUCAAGUGCCCAACAGCGCGGUUGUGGAAUAAAGUUGGUUGUGAUCAA